CACCCCUUCGAUCUCAUCCUUCCUUCCCUCUUUCUGCUGCACCUCCCACCUUUCCCUUCCUCUUUCGCUCGCCUUUCUUCCCACUACCACCUAGCCCUUAUCUCGCGCGCCUUAGUCACCCUAAUUCGCAGCCAUGGCCAGCGAGCUCGCCUGCACAUACGCUGCUCUUAUCCUCCACGACGAUGGCAUCCCCAUCACGGCUGACAAGAUCGCGACGUUGGUGAAGGCCGCCAAUGUGAGCGUGGAGGCGUACUGGCCCACGCUCUUCGCCAAGCUGCUCGAGAAGCGCAGCGUGGAAGACCUCGUCACAAACAUCGGAUCAGGUGGCGGCGGUGCUGUUGCCGCCCCUGCUGCUGCGGGUGGUGCUGCCGCACCAGCAGCGGAGGAGAAGAAGGAGGAGAAGAAGGAGGAGGAGAAGGAGGAGAGCGAUGACGACAUGGGCUUCAGCUUGUUUGACUGAGCAACAGAUACCAUCUCUCCCCAGACCCCAGCUUCUACCUCCUUUUUGACAGCCGUGAUGCUUUCUAGGGCUCCUCAGCCUCCCUCUGUCUUAGCAAGGUGCACCACCAUGUAUCACAUGCUAUCAAAUGAUGGGUCUUGCCAAUGCUGGCGUUGGUCUGCCUGUGCAAUGGUAGUAUUAUUUUAACUUCCAUGAUGCGUCAAAUGUUUUUACACAAACAAGGCAUGCGUAGCAUGACUGCAUGGAACCAUGUGGUACUGUAUGCCGUUUUGUGAAAGCAUUUCAUCAGAAGGAAU